UUUGUGUAUUUGCCCGUCUUCUACUUCUACCCUUUUUCUUCAAGCGAGCAGCUCAUUUGCAGAACUCGUAGCCAGAGCGAGCGAGAGAGAGAGAGAGAGAGAGGGAGAGUUUCAAGGAGAAGACAUGGCUGAAACUCUGGUUCUGAGGGGUGUGAUGAAGGGUCACGCUGACAUGGUGACCGCGAUCGCAACCCCGAUCGAUAACCCGGACAUGAUCGUCUCCUCCUCCCGUGACAAAUCAGUCCUCGUUUGGCAUCUCACAAAGGAGGAAACAUCAUACGGUGUUCCUCGUCGCCGCCUUACUGGCCACUCUCACUUCGUCCAAGACGUCGUCCUCUCGUCCGACGGUCAGUUCGCUCUAUCUGGUUCUUGGGACGGGGAGCUCCGACUCUGGGAUCUCAACACUGGCGCCACUACUCGCCGUUUCGUUGGCCAUACCAAGGAUGUUCUCUCCGUUGCCUUCUCUAUUGACAACCGUCAGAUCGUCUCCGCCUCCCGUGACCGCACAAUCAAGCUCUGGAACACACUCGGAGAAUGCAAGUUCACCAUUCAGGACAACGACAGCCACACCAACUGGGUUAGUUGCGUGAGGUUCAGCCCGAACACAUUCCAACCCACCAUCGUUUCUGGAUCUUGGGAUCGCACCGUGAAGGUCUGGAACCUUACAAAUUGUAAGCUCCGCUGCACAUUGGCUGGUCAUGGGGGUUACGUCAACACCGUUGCAGUUUCACCCGAUGGGUCUCUGUGUGCCAGUGGUGGGAAAGAUGGUGUGACACUAUUGUGGGACUUGGCUGAGGGUAAGAGGCUUUAUUCGCUUGACGCUGGGGGUAUUAUUCACGCUCUCUGUUUCAGUCCGAAUAGGUAUUGGCUGUGCGCGGCGACACAGGAAAGCGUUAAGAUUUGGGAUCUGGAAAGCAAGAGCAUCGUUCAGGACUUGAAACCCGAUGCAGCCCCUGGCAAGAAUCAGAUGUUGUAUUGCACCAGCUUGAGUUGGAGCUCAGAUGGAAGCACUUUGUUCACCGGGUACACCGAUGGUGCAAUCAGGGUUUGGGGAAUUGGUCGCUACUAGGCACUUUCAUCAGCAAUUAAGAUUUUGACAAUUCUGUUUUGGUUCUAUCAUUUCAGUCAUAUUUUUGUUUAACAUUCAAUGCCUAGGAAGGAUGAUGAAUCUUUUUUUUUUCUCUUUUGGUUUUUGGUUGUUUAUUCGCUUGAAUCUUGGUUCAAUACUGGUGGAUUCAUUGCGAUGAAGCCUAUCCUUUUCUUUUGCAUUGUCAUUUAGAGAAUUUUGAUAUUUAGGGAAUAUAAGCGAUACAAUUGUUCA